AUGAAGUUUUUUCUAUUUUUAUCGCUCGAAAAUGUUUUUGCUGAACAAACUUGUCAACCGAACGCGAGCUAUAGAGACUGCGGAACUGCCUGCCCAAGAAUUUGCAAGCAAGAGAAUGUGGAUCUCUGUGCUGCUGUCUGUGUUUCCGGGUGUUUUUGUGACGAUGGCUACAUACUCAACACCCGCGACGGCUUCUGCAUCCCCGAGUCAAUCUGUCUCGAUUCCUGUCCACCCGGUCAGGUGCUCCAGCAAAACUGUUGUACGACUCCGGAGAUCUGUGUUUGCGAAGAAGACAAGCUUUGGAAUAACGCUACUCAGACUUGUGUUUCUUCAGAUGAGUGUACCGACCCGCCCCGAAGCGCGAAUACUCCUACAGUAGAAACAACAACAGAAAGAAAUAAAAGCUUUGAUACAGAACUAUCACUUCUUCCACUUCUGAUUAUGUUUUUCUUUGUAAGAUAA